CGACGUCCGCGAUUGGUGAGGAAUCGCCUUGACACGAAUUCUCCAAACGUAUACGCCCGCGAAGCCAUAUACGCCGGACCCAAAAACACCAUGUCCAAGCGCCAGGCUCUCGAGCCUCUGGAAGAUGUCCUGGACGCACCCUCGCCAGCUUCAAAACGAGCGCGCGUCGACGACGAGGAAAUGCAAACGCCCGAGUCGCUGAACGGCCCGCCUAACAAUGGGCAUCUCAUGUCUCCCCGGUUGGAGGAUCGCGAGAGGAUCGACAUACUUGGGGCGGAUAGGGAAGAGCAUGAGGAGCUGGAAGAAGCUGGAGCUCUGGAAGAGGAUGUUGAUGAGGACGACGAGCCCGCGUUGGCGCAGCCAACGCGACAAAAAGCACCAGAGGCCGGAUACACAGAUCUUUACCUAGAUACGAUAGAUCGAAAGGUCCUCGACUUCGACUUCGAGAAGCUCUGCUCCGUCACUCUGUCCAACAUAAACGUCUACGCCUGUCUAGUCUGUGGGAAAUACUUUCAAGGCCGGGGUCCGAAAUCACAGGCCUACUUCCACGCGCUUGACGAAAAUCACCACGUCUACGUCAACAUGGAGACGAAGAAGGUGUACGUACUUCCAGAAGGCUAUGAGGUUACGUCCAAGUCAUUGGACGACAUAAAAUUCGUUGUUGAUCCGCGGCUGAGCAAAACUGAAGUCGCGCGAUUAGACAAGGAGCCGAAGGUUUCUUGGGACCUCUCGAAUAGGGAAUACAUUCCAGGCUUCGUGGGCAUGAACAACAUCAAAGCGAACGACUACUUCAACGUAGUGAUUCAGGCACUUGCGCAUGUCGCCCCUCUGCGCAACUACUUCAUGCUGGAGGAUCUAUCGAGCCGGCCACAGCUCGCUCAGCGUUUCAGCACACUAGUCCGCAAGAUAUGGAACCCGCGGGCAUUUAAGACCCAUGUCUCGCCGCAUGAGCUCCUUCAGGAAAUCGCGCUACGAUCGUCCAAGCGAUUUACCCUCACAGAUCAGUCCGACCCCGUGGACUUCCUGUCUUGGUUCCUCAAUAACCUGCAUCUAGCAGUGGGAGGCUCGAAGACGAAACCGGGCUCCAGCAUCGUACAAAAGGUCUUCCAGGGUACGCUCAAGAUCGAGUCGCAGGAAAUAACAGCGCGUGCGGAUGCCGGUGAUCGCCUACGCUUCGAAGAUGCGGCGGUGAAAACCGACAUCAUGAGGUUCAUGAUCCUCACCCUGGAUUUGCCGCCUGCACCGCUAUUCCAGGAUGCUCUGGAGAAGAAUAUCAUCCCACAAGUGCCCCUCACCACCAUUCUCAACAAGUACGACGGUGUGCGACCACAGGAGAAGAUGAAGAACCGCGUGCGGUAUCGCCUCCUCCACCCUCUCCCCCCUUACCUACUCUUCCACAUCAAGCGUUUCAGCAAGAACAAGUUUGUGUCUGAGCGUAACCCGACCAUCGUCACCUUCCCAGUCCAAUCCCUCGACAUGUCCCCUUACGUGGAACCAAACCCGAGGGAGUACCCGCCUGGGGAGCCCAUCUGGUACGACCUGGCCGCCAAUAUUACACAUGAGGCUGUCAAGCGGAAAGACGAUAGCGUGGAAGGCGAGCAGGAGAUGAAGGUUUGGAGGGUGCAGCUGAAGGAUCGCAGUCGUGAUGAGUGGUAUGGGAUUCAGGAUUUGUUUGUGGAAAAGGAGCGCGGGGAGACGCUUUUUACGAAAGAGAGCUAUGUGCAGGUUUGGGAGAGGAGGAAGGGGAUGCCGAAUGGGAGUGCGAAUGCGAAGGGCAAAGGCAGAGCGUAGUUGAGAUACCCUAGAACCCAGUGGAGCGCGGGCUCCGGUACAUUUUCCUGCGUGUAUAGGGCGGUGGGCCUCGCGAUAUUCAAACAAAAAGCUAUUAUCGGCGCAGGAUAGGCAACCUACGAGAAUCGAUUCUCACAUCGAAAAGCGGUAGUUGAAGGGAUAUCUCGACCGUCAG